CCUUGCGGGGGGCGGGGUGGAGGAGGUCUCUGCAGGCUGCUGGGAUGCCAUGGAAGCAGUCGUGUGCCCAUGUGUGCAAGCCUGUAUCUGUGUGUGCAUGCAUGUGGAUGCCUGUAUCCAUGUGCAUAUGUGGGCACGUGUAUCUAUGAGUGCAUGCAUGUCUGCGUGCACAUGUGUGUGAGCAUCUGUAUCUACAUGUGGAUGCAUGUGCAUGCGAGUAUCUGUGCCCACGUGUGCAGGCAUCCGUAUCUAUGUGUGCGUGCCCGUCGGGGCCUGCGCGGGGGCACCGGGAGCGUCCCGGCCCGGGCAGGCACUGAGGGCGGCGCUGUGCCCGCAGCCGGCAGCCGCGUGAGCCAGGAGCUGCGCUACACGCGGGAGAAGCUGGGCGAGGAGGCGGCGUACACGGCACAGAUGCUGAUCCAGACGGCGCGCCCGGCCGGCGCCAACCUGCUCACGCCCGACGCGCUGCGCCUGCACCUCCGCGCCACGCUGGCCGCCAGCAAGGUCUGCGUCUCGCUCUAUGGCAAGUCGUGGGACCUGAACAAGCUCUGCUACAAGUCGGGCGUCCCCGUCAUCGAGAAUGGCAUGAUCGAGCGGGUGGCCUCCGGGCUCGGGCUCUGCUCCUUGCUCGGCAUUGCCUUCAACGCGGCCACCACGCAGGUGCUGCCCUUCCUGGCGCUGGGCAUCGGUGUGGAUGACAUGUUCCUGCUGGCGCACGCCUUCCCCGAGGCCGGUCCUCACAUCCCCUUCAAGGAGCGGACGGGCGAGUGCCUGCGGCGCACGGGCACCAGCGUGGCCCUGACGUCCCUCAGCAACAUGAUCGCCUUCCUCAUGGCCGCCCUGGUACCCAUCCCCGCCCUGCGCGCCUUCUCCCUGCAGGCAGCCGUGGUCGUGGCAUCCAACUUCGCCAUGGUGCUGCUCGUCUUCCCGGCUGUGCUCAGCCUCGACCUGCACCGACGCCGGCACCGCCGGCUCGAUGUGCUCUGCUGCUUUGCCAGCCCCUGCGCCUCGCGCCCCCUGCCAGCCUGCCGCUGUGACCUGGCCCACUUUGCCCGCCGCAAGUAUGCACCGCUGCUGCUGCGGGCGCAAAGCAAGGGCGUGGUGGCGCUGCUGUUCGUGGGGCUGCUGGGCCUGAGCCUGUACGGCGCGACGCAGGUGCGGGACGGGCUGGCGCUGACAGACGUGGUGCCACGGGGCACGGCCGCCCACGCCUUCCUGGCGGCGCAAGCCCGCUACUUCUCCUCCUACCAUGCCUUCGUGGUCACCACCGGCGGCUUCCCCUACCCCCACCCCCCACAGGGCCGGUGCCCACAGCUGACAACACGGCGCCUGGUGGACGUGGAUGGGCUGGUGCCACCCGACACCUUCUACAUCAGCCUGACGGUCUGGGCCAGCAACGACCCGCUGGGGCUGGCAGCCUCGCAGGCCAACUUCUACCCGCCUCCGCCCGAGUGGGUGCACGACAAGUACGACGCCACCGGCGAGAACCUGCGCAUCCCAGCGGCGCAGCCCCUGGAGUUCGCGCAGGUGCCCUUCUACCUGAGCGGGCUGCGGCACACAGCCGACUUCGUGGAGGCCAUCGAAGGCGUGCGGGCUGUGUGCGAGGAAGCGGCGCGGCGCCAUGGCGUGCGCAGCUACCCCAGCGGCGACCCCUUCCUCUUCUGGGAGCAGUACCUGGGCCUGCGGCGCUGGCUGCUUCUGGCGCUCAGCAUCGCGCUGGCCUGCACCUUCCUGGUGUGCGCCCUGCUGCUGCUCAACCCCUGGACGGCCGGCGUCAUCGUGCUGGUGCUGGCCAUGAUGACAGUGGAGCUCUUUGGGCUGAUGGGGCUGAUGGGCAUCAAGCUGAGCGCCGUGCCUGUCGUCAUCCUCAUCGCCUCCGUGGGCAUCGGCGUCGAGUUCACCGUCCACGUCGCACUGGGCUUCCUGACGGCCGUGGGUAGCCGGGACCGGCGCUCGGCGCUGGCGCUGGAGCACGUCUUCGCACCCGUGCUGGACGGCGGCAUCUCCACCCUGCUCGGCGUCCUCAUGCUCGCCGGCUCUGAGUUCGACUUCAUCAUGAGGUACUUCUUCUCCGUGCUGUCUGUCCUCACCGUGCUGGGGCUCCUCAACGGGCUGGUGCUGCUGCCCGUCCUGCUCUCGGUCAUCGGGCCCCCCGCCGAGGUACGAGCCACCCCCCCGUUGGAGGGGGGCGCCGGACUCCCGUCACCGGAGCCCCUCCCGCCGCCCAUCGCCCACCACGGCUUCUAUGUGGGGCGCCCGCCAGCCUGGCACGGCCCUGACACGGCCCCCGAGACCCCCCCAGCCAUGGGGCCUGGUGACGAGGACCCCUCCGGCAGCGCCCAGGCCUGCAUCCUGCUCCAGGCCGGCAAGGACCCCCGCUUUCCCUGCAUCACCGUGGUGAAAGCCUUCGAGGUGGGGCCAGCGCCCCCGGGACAGGAGUCCACGACCGGAGACCGGCCGCCCCGCGCCCGCCCCACACCCCCACCGCCCACCUACGCCACGGUGACGGCCACGGCCUCGGUGACGUUGGCACUGCACCCCGGCCUGCCCGGUGCUGCGCGCGGCUACGCCCACGCCGCCUUUGAGGACAGCGAGUCCGACGGCCACGAGGACCCGCCUGGUGCCCAGCACACCCGCCACGGGUGCCAUGCCACUGCCACGUGCCGCUAGGCUGCCCCACGGGACCAGGAGGCCCCUGAAGACGUGCCACGGCGUGACGUGGUGCAGCACACUACGAUGUGCCACGUUUGCUGUGCCAGGAUGUGACCUGCUGUGUCAUGAUGUGCCAUGUUGCCAUGGCAUGGCGUGGCAAGCCAUGAUGUGCCACAUGUGCCAGGCCGUGCCCUGGCGUCCCACUGGCUGGGCCGGGGGCUGUGGGCGCCAGGAGCCGUGGGCAGGGCCGGGGGUGCCCAGUGGGGUGGGGGGUGCCAGCGCCCCCACGACAUGCUGCUAUUCCCUUAAUAUUAUUAUUAUUAUUAUUCUCCCCGCGCUGCCCCUGCCCUGGAGACCCCGGGGGCUUGGGGCAGAGCCCAGCCCUGCAGGCACCAGUUCCUAUGCAAGGGGGGGGCUGCUGGGUUGGGGUGCCCGGGGGGGUUACUGCCCCCCUGCUCCCCUCCUGGGGGGAAAUGGCAGCGCUCGGUCCUGCUGCAGCCCUCUCCCCGCACGGGCCCCGAUCCUGGAGCCGGAGGGCAAACAGUGCCCGCUUCACCUCCAUCACCAGCACUUUAAUUCCUGCCCCCCCGCUCCCCAAUUGCCUGCUGGCGCCCCUGCUGGGGGGGGCGAGGGCACCCGCAAAGCUCAGGGGCAGGGGGGGCACCAGCAGGCCCCAGGGCCACCCCCACGGCCCAGCCCCAGCCGUGCCCAGGGUGCGAGCGGUCACGGGGCCCCCCUGGCCCGCUGCCAGUGCCCCCUGGUCCUGCCGGGUCUCCAUGGUGGGGGCGGGGGGGGCAGGUAAAUUAUUUAUAUCACAGAGCAGAGUCUAUUUUUGUAGGCCGUGUCGCGCCGAGCCCCAGCCCGGGCCGGCCCCGCGCACGGGAAUAAAGCGAUAUUCUAUCUACGC